AUGGAAGGUUGUAUAGGCAACAGUUUAUUCGCGAAUGCAUUGAUCGCUGCUCGUGAAAAAUUCAAAGUGCCUCCGGACUUGUUCGCGAAUAACGGCAAUGCGGUUGAAGCUAACGCAGAACAGGUCAGAGGGAAAUGCCUAAGUAGGCGCUGCGUUCAUACCAAUUAA